AUGUCAAGAAGACCCUUGACUCAGAGCAGUUCGUCCAAGGAUUUUCCAGAAGUUGAAGAUGAGACAGGAACUCAACAUCAGAGAGUGCCCGUUUUGGUCACAAUUGAUAGGGCAGAGACAGAUCCGGAACUAGAAGCUACAGCGGCAGACUCCUCGGCGAGAAAAAAUUCGAAGACGGAUUUUAAGGAUUUCGAAUUACAUUCUGAUGACGUUAGCAGUAGCGGUCUUGUAAAAAGGCCAAACCUUACGGUGGUGACACAAUCUGGAGGCAAUUCUUCUUCAAGUAUUCGAAAGCCAGGCUCUGGUCAGCUUUCUGCUACUAGCAUAAAGUCUCAUUUCAAAAACCUAAUCUCACCGUCAAAAUCACGGGAGACUUCAGAUGCAUCCCUUGACGAACAACAGAGUGCAGUUGCGGACCAGCGUUCCGGCACUGAAGAGCGGAGACUUUCGUUUGACUCCCGAUCUAAUAGUCAUGGAAUCCAUGACGACAAUCCUUUGACAGGCACUAUAAUAUCCACCAUCGAAGAGGGCGAUUUGGAUGAUUUCAAAGACCUACAGGAUGAAUUCACUAAUGCAAUGGGAAAAGGGAGCUCUACAUGGCUCCCGCAAACGAAAAGAGGCUCCUAUAAGUCGGACAUAGCAUCAGCCGACGACAGAUCCCAGCACUCCCACGUCGAAGAGCAACAUGAGAACACAACUGUGAUGGAGGACAUUAGCCAAACUUAUCCUGGAGAGAGUAGCUCACAGGAUCGAAUCAAUACAACAAUCGAUGGCUCCAGUAAUUCCAUUAAUCCUAGUCCCCAGAAAUCCAAAAAAGCCACUUACGAGGAAACAGAGGAGUACGAGGAACGCGAAUCGUCGGAAAGUACUGAAACGAACUCCGCAAUAGAGUCCGACGGUGGCAAAACAUUGAAAAAACCCCCAUUAAUUUUGUGCGGGAACUCCUUAGGUCUUUUCCCGCCGAACAAUCCCUUACGCGUUAGACUCGCCUCAAUUGUGACAAAUGAAUGGACCCAUCGUGUCAAUGUACUGUUUUUGGUCUUUCUUGUUGCCAUUCUUUCGGUGGCUUUUUCAUUUGAAUCGGACGAAUUAGCGUAUUUCUCUAGUACGGUUGGUGGAUUGAUAUUUGCGAUCAACGUGUUAUAUACACUUGACAUGCUAGCGCGGAUAAUUGUUUUCGGAUUUUGGGACGACUCAGCACUUUUUCAAACACGAGGGGAAGACUAUAAGACAGUCUACCAAAUUCUCGGAAUUGAUUCUUUUUUCCGCGAUCUGAAAUCUAAGUAUGGAAAAGAUCUUUUUCGGAGAAUCCUACCCUUCAAGAUUAGCUACGAUCAACUUGCUGGCAAGUCUGGUCAUAAGCCGGUUAGAAGUGCUGUGACGUUCGUUGGUUCUGCUGACGGAAAGAACAGCGAAGUUCCACUGUAUCGUGCAUAUUUUAGGAGUAGUUGGAACAGAGUGGACCUGGUUUCAACCGUCUGCUUCUGGAUAUCUGCAUUUUUGUCGAUCAAAAGUUUUGAUGACAGUCACGGCAUACGCAUUUUCAAGACUCUCGCCGCUUUGCGUAUCCUCAAACUCGCAAAAGAGGAAGGAAGUCAGACGAAAAUUUUGAACAGUUUAAAAUUCGGGCUACCACAAUUGGUCAAUGUAUGCUUCAUGCUCUUGUAUUUCUGGACAUUCUUUGGCAUUUUGGGGGUACAAAGUUUUCAGGGGUCGCUGAGAAGGACCUGUACUUGGACCAACCCUGAUGACCCGUCUGAAAGUUACACCAACAGCAUGCAAUUUUGCGGUGGGUAUCUGGAGGCUGUAACGAAGAAAAAAAUGUCAUACGUUUUCUCCGAUUUUCGAGAUGGUCCUACUUCAAAAGGAUUUUUAUGCCCACAAAACUCGAAAUGUGUUUCUGGUGAUAAUCCUUAUGGAGGCCGAGUUAGCUUUGAUAACAUCCUGGGUUCUAUGGAGUUAGUAUUCGUUACAAUCAGCGCUAACACCUUCACUGAUAUCAUGUACGACACCAUGGACUCUGACAGCAUGGCCUCUUCUCUUUUCUUCAUCUCCUGUAUCUUCUUUCUGAACAUUUGGAUGAUAAAUUUGAUGAUCGCUGUCCUGGUCUCUUCUUUUGAAAAAGCGAACGAGCUAGCCAGAAAAAGCGGAUCCAAAGAGACGCCAUCCCGACUCAAGCGCAUGGCAACAGCGGCUUUGAAAUACAUCGAGAAAAAAGCUAGUGCUAAGGAGUUACCGGCCUGGAACUUGAAUUGCAUAAAAUGGUACAAAAAGAUAGAAUUCCUUUUCGUCAUAGCGAUAAGUUCAGAUCUGGUAGCACAAGCAACGAUAACUUCAGAUAGCAGUGAUCAAGACAUGGAGACGAUUUUCAAGUUUGACCGAGUUGUUAACUAUAUUCUUUUGGUUGAGUCGCUGCUUAGAGUGAUUUGCUACCUCCCCAAUCUUUGGAAACUUCUCAGGAAACCUUCUUACUUGUUUGAUAUCUCCACGUGUAUUGUUUCGGUUGCAAUAACUGUACCCGCUAAUAGAAUAGCACUGGGCGAUACUUAUUACUGGUUAAACAUUUUCCAAAUACUGCGGUUUUAUCGCGUCAUCAAAAUGAUUGAGGUAACAAGAAAUCUUUGGAAGCAAGUUUUAGGAAAUGCAUUACUCAUACGCAAUUUGUCCGGAUUCUACUUCUUUUUCCUAUUCUUGGUGUCGCUCAUUAUGUCAGUUUACUUCACAGGCACAGUACCGAAAUCAGAAAUCGACGACACACCAUUUGCUUUUUACGACGUUUCGAACUCUUUUUUGACUCUUUUCAUCAUUGCUUCGACGGAGAAUUGGACAGAAUCGCUAUACGCCGUUCAACAAUACGCUUCUAAUUAUUCUUCGCAGUUCUUCGGCUCCAUUCUCCUGAUAGUGUGGUUUUUCCUGUCGAACUUCGUUAUGCUGAAUAUCUUCGUGGCGAUCAUAGCAGAAAGCUUAGAUGUUCCAGAAGAAAUGAAAAGGUCUUUACAAAUCAGGCAUUACUUACAGCACGUCUAUCCAGAGAAGAUCAAAGAAUUUACGAAUGCCACUCUCGCUCGCCGCAUCAAAAGAAAGAUUGUGAAGCACGCAGGUGAUGAGGACUCUCGGGACUUCAGACAGUUUCUGUUUAGAGGAACCGCAAUAGUUAGCAUUGCGCAGCAGCACAACAUCAUGGAUCUCAAGAACGAAAAGAAAAAAAAAAGUCACGGAUUUUCUGUCCGAUUAUCAUUUCAUCUAUUGAACAUGAUGAAAAGACUACCUUUUAUCAAGCCCUUUAUUGAAAAUCCGUUUCACAAGAAAGCAGAAGUUGUGUACAUAGAAUCUACUGAUUCGGAGGGUUUGAAUAAGAGAUACACUUUGAAGCUUAAUGAAUUUGAAGAGGAAAAGCUGCAGUAUAUGAAAGAGCAUCCAUUUUUCAACAAUGCCUAUUUUAUUUUCCCUCCAAACCACAUCUUCCGCCAAUUUUGUCAAAGUCUAACUCCCCCUUCAGUUGGCAAGAGAACGGAUGGUUUCCGUUUUUUUGAAGACAACACCAAUACUCACGAAAGGAGUUAUAGCUUUAGAAAUUUCAAACGAGACGUUUUUGUGGGUUUCAUUUCGAUUGCAACAGUCUUAAUGGUAGUUUACUCGUGCUUUAUCACUCCUGUUUAUCGCAUGAAGCAUCCUUCAGUAAGAGUAUGGUCAAGGUACUUUGAUGCAACAUUUGUCGUGAUUUUCUCUUUGGAAUUCGUCAUCAAAACCGUUGCGGAUGGCUUGUCACACACACCCAAUGCUUAUUUGCGCAACCCCUGGAACUGCAUUGAUGUUACAGUACUAAUUUCAAUUUGGAUUAACUUUGUUGCAAGCUUGAAGAAUGAUGAUGAUCUAUCUCGCGUUUUCAAAGGACUCACAGCGUUAAGGGCUUUGAGAUGUCUCACAAUCAGCAGAACAGCUAGAUUAACUUUCAAUCAGGUGCUUUUCGAUGGUAUCGGCAAAAUCAUAGGUGCAGCCACUAUUUCUCUCACAGUUCUCUUCCCCUUUUCUGUAUGGGGGUUGGGUAUUUUCAGAGGACGUCUCGGCGUUUGUAACGACGGUGUCGACUUAUCAAAAUGCUAUAACGAAUUCACAAAUCAGGUCUUUGAUUGGGAUGUCCUUAUGCCCAGAUCCUAUUCAGAACCAUAUCUUUACAUGAACUCCAUUUCGAGCGCAUUUCGAACCCUUUAUGAAAUUGUCUCUUUGGAAGGUUGGGUUGACAUAUUGACGAAUAGUAUGGCAAGUACAGGAAUAGGUACUGUACCAGAAAAUUUUUCCACGACUGUCAAUGGUUUAUUCUUCGUGCUAUUCAAUUUUUUGAGCAUGGUAUUUAUCCUUACACUGUUUGUGUCUUUUAUCAUUCGUAACCAUGCUCGAACGACUGGAAGUGCUUUUUUAACAGUUGAGGAAAAAUCAUGGCUUGAAGUCAAGCGCUUACUUUCACAAGCACAACCCGAACCCAGUCCCGACAUUUUGUCAAUGAGUCCCAUGAGACUUUUCAUACAUCGUCUAGCGGUUGAGAAAGCAUUUUUCUCAUAUGCCCUUUUACUUCAGCUAGUGCUCUAUGUCCAUAUCUUGACCUUGCUGUUGUACACAUACGACGAAAACUACUCUUUGCGAAACUACCAGAAUACUGUUUUCAUGAUAUCCACCACGAUAUUCUUGAUCCAUGAGGUCUUUUGUAUUGUUGCCAAAGGAACGAGACUAUGGUUUGCGAGAAAAUGGGAUGUCUUCAAGUUUAUCGUGGUUAUUUCAUCUUUUGGUCUUAAUAUCGUCGUUUGUCUCUCAACCCCCGAAGACAUUAUAGGGUUCGAUAACAUUCGAAAUCUUUUCCAGCUUGUUAUCUUUUUGUUUGUGAUUCCGCAAAACGACGUCUUAAGCGAACUGAUAAGCACCGCCAUGGCGAGUAUGCCCUCGAUUUUAUCUUUAACGUAUACUUGGGGUAUUUUGUUUCUGGUGUACGCAAUAGCAUUGAACCAAAUAUUUGGGAUGACCAAGCUAGGUCCCAAUACCACUGGAAAUUUGAAUUUCAGAACUGUUGUCAAAUCCCUGAUUGUUUUGUUUCGUUGCAGCUUUGGUGAAGGAUGGAAUUAUAUCAUGGACGAUCUAACCGUGACGUCCCCCUUUUGUUAUGUCGAUGAUAGCACUGGUCGCUCUGAUUGCGGAUCGAAACCGUAUGCAUAUUUUUUAAUGAUGUCUUGGAACGUGCUCUCCAUGUACAUUUUUUUGAACAUGUUCGUGUCACUCGUUUUGGAGAAUUUCAGCUACCUGUACCAUUCCGGCUCGGGUUCCAAGGCUGUCGCUAGUAGGGAUGAGAUACGGAGGUUCAAGAACGCAUGGAAAAAAUUCGAUCCUGACGGAAUCGGAGAAAUUGAUCACAACCAACUGCCACGAUUGAUGCACUCCUUUGAAGGACGCCUUUCGUUUAAAAUUUGGGAAGGGAGACUGUCAGUUAAAAGUUUGGUGACGAACUACAUGACGGUCAACCCGCUGGAUCCCUACGAUGUGCAAAUCGAUUUGCAAGGCUUGAAUGAGGAAUUAAAAAGUAUUGACCAUCUCAAGAUCGUUGAGAGAAAACAGCAGUACCGUAGAUUUGUACAGGAAGCGCAUUACUCCAGUGCUUUUAAGAACGGCGUUACUUUCAGCAAAAUUAUACAGCAGGUUCCGCUGUAUACUGCUUAUUCCCCACAAGAGUGCCUUGGAAUCGAUGAGUACGUGAAAAGAUUGUAUGUGAUGGGUAAAGUAGACAAGUUUCUGGACAAUGAGAGAAACGUAGAAGUGUUAAAAAUGGUGGUGUCAAGAUGGAAGUUUCUGACGGAGCGUCCAGGAUUUCGGACUGCAGUGUCAAGAAAGACCGGACCGAGUUUUCUAUCAAAAUUGUCAGCCAUGGAACUCGAUCCGCCGGCUACGCCAAAUUUGGACGUAAGCUUCAACAACUUUAGCUGGUCGCCCCGACAAGCUGAUCGUAACCGAUCCGGCAGUUUCGAUCAACGCUGGGGACACCUUGAUUAG